AUGGCUCCUCCGCGUCGCGAUCUCCUUCACAAGGAUCACUUUUCCUUCGUUUUCGGAGGCGCAAAGACCCAGAACUAUUAUGAUCCCGCUGCCAAAGGUCCAGGAUCUCAUACUAUCCGAACACUCGCCUGGAACCCCACUGGGCAGCUAAUUGCUACGGGCUCAGCAGAUCGCACUCUCCGAAUCUGGAACCCCGAGCGCCCCAAUGUUCGCUACUCAACCGAACUACGCGGCCACACCGCCGGUAUUGAGAAGGUCCUCUUCAACCCAGUCCGCGACGCAGAGCUAGCUAGCUGCUCAACCGACGGCACAGUACGCUUCUGGGACGUCCGCUCCAAGACCUGCGUCAGCAAGCUUGAUGUCGGCGGCGAAGCCUUUACCCUCUCCUGGUCUGCCGAUGGCACCACAAUGAUCGUCGGCACAAAGGUAAACAGAAUCCGAGCCCCCCAGUUUGGUCCCAGAAAUCAACAAGGCCCUAACUCGCCCCUCAUCCAGGACGACCACUUAAUCCCCAUCUCAAUCCAAUGCCCCUCCACGCCAACCGCCCACCCAGACGGCGCGAACGCCCUCAACCUACCCGCCUCUGUCCCAGGCGCAACAACCUACACAGCCCUCGCACCCCACCCCCAACCCGUCCAAACCAACGCGACAACCUUCUCAUGGCGCAUGGCAACUCCCGAACGCCCCGAGCAACACUUUUUCACCACAACCGGAGAAGGCAAAGUCAAAAUCCUCUCCUAUCCCUCCUUUAACGUCCUGUACACCAUGAACGCCCACACAUCUGCCUGCAACGCCGUUGCUCUCGCACCUACUGGUCGCUACCUCGCAGUCGGCGCUAGUGAUGCUCUCAUCUCCCUCUGGGAUACAACCGACUGGAUCUGUCAGCGCACACUGUCAAGUGAGAAUGGCGGCGCCAUCCGUGGUGUGAGCUGGAGUUUCGAUGGUCGCUACAUCUGCGGUGCCUGUGAUGAGAUUGGAUGUGGUGGGAAUGGACUUGAGAUCUUCCAUGCUGAGUCCGGUGACAGUGUUUUCACUAUUCCCACUGCUGGUGCUAAUGCGGGUGUUUCGGCUGUUGCGUGGCAUCCUUCGCGUUACUGGCUGGCUUACUCAACUACUACUGAUGGUCCUGGUCAUUCCAGCUCGGGAGGCUUGAAGAUUGUUGGGGCUGCUGGUGGUGGACUGUGA